UGGGGGAAAACUGCCGUCGGAGUUUGGUGGAUCGAUCCGGGUUGUGAGGUACUCCCGCGGUUUCAGCGGCUGGUGCGGUCCAGUCCCUCGAACGCAACGUAUCCAGGUGCAUUCGCGUUUUUGUCUGCGUGUCUUCACUCCGUUUGCGGUGUCUCAACGGCCGCUAAAGGUCCGAGAGCAGAGACAUGAGGGACCCGAGACUCAGCAGUGAGACCAUGACCAUUGACACUGAGCUGGUUCUGAACCGCGUCGCCGAGGACGACCCGUUCGCUGAGUACAUGUGGAUGGAGAACGAGGAGGAGUUCAACCGACAGGUGGAGGAGGAGCUCUGGGAGGAGGAGUUCAUGGAGCGAUGCUUCCAGGAGAUGCUGGAGGAAGAGGAGCAGUGGGAGUGGUUCAUCCCUUCCAGAGACCUCCCUCAGCUGCAGGAGCUCGUGAUGAAAAGCAGUCUUAACCCCAACGCCAAGGAGUUCACGCCGGGUAUCCAGAAACAUGUCAUGUGACCCCUUCCGGGCUCCGCCCCCUGUGACAUCUUCAAUGUGUCUGACGUGUUGCCAAAGUUCUGAUGUGAUCUUGCAUGUGUUCAAGUUGAGAUGUAUUGCCCAUGGUUAGUCCUCCCCACCCGUCUGUCUCCAUCUGUGU